CUCAUCUUAAACUCAUUUUUCUCCCUAUUCUUACUAUAGUUUUUAUAUUGUCACUAACGUUUGUUUUGUUUUGUUUUGUUUUUACUGUUGAGCUGAUCCGACUGUCGUGCAGCACAUUUCAUGUAUUGUUCUCCCUGUGUUAUCCAACAUAUGACUAAUAAAACCGAAACUUGAACUUGUGUGCGUGCGUGCGCGCGCGCGUGUUUUGGCAUCGGAAAACCUCCUCUGUGGACAAUACGGCCUUACAAUUGACCAAUCAGAUGUGAGUUUACUUGGCUUUUUGGCUUGACCAAUCGGCUGUGGUUUUACUCGGACGCCUUGCCAAAACAACCGGCCAACGAGCUAGCGCCUUCGGCGAGCUCGGGGUUUGGCGUAGUAAAUCGUUUGUUCCGAAGACUUCUCGAAAAAGAGCGGACCGACCCCGCGGGCGGCGCGACUCUGAGGUUGAUCCGGGUGAGUUUGUGCGACGUUAGCCCGUGUCGUUAUAGCCCGUGUCGGUCCGCCGUGGCUAGCUUCCUGCUGGGCCCGGUGUCGUCAGGCGUGCUAAGCUGGGUUAGCCAACUGUAAGGCGCGUCGUCUGCUCCGCUCGCUAAGCAGGUUGUAACCUUAAUGCGGGGCGGUAAACGUCGCGGACCUUCGUCGUUGUGAAAAGCAUGCCGUCCGUCGGCUCGGCAUGCCCGCGUCGCGUCUGAGAAGACGCGCUGGCACCGGAGCCGUGUGGACAUUAGCCGCCCGAAACGCGGCCGACGUGCUUUGCCCCGCGGUGACCUUACAUGGGUUGCUGAACUAGCGGGAGUGGCGAGUUAGCGAAAUCUACCAAACUGGACAAGACGUUGGAUCUGGUCGGCUUUAAGUCGGGCUCGGCGGGAUCGCUGACCCCUCAGAAGAAGAUGAAGAAGAGGAAGGAGCUCAAUGCCUUGAUCGGACUCGGGGAUAGUAAGAGGAAGAAGGCCAAGAAGGGCUCUGGUCACCGGCUCCUGCGAACCGAACCCCCAGACUCGGAGUCCGAGUCGAGUUCGGACGACGAUGAGUUCAGCAACAUGAGUAGUGUUGCCACCUUCGGGAAAAGUUACACGCAGUGCUGCAACGUCUGCUACCCCCUGUUCUUAUUCAUCAUUCUGGCUGCCUGUGUCAUGGCUUGUGCCGGACUCAUAUGGAUGCAGAUCGCUCUUAAAGAAGAUCUAGACUCACUGAAAGAAAAGCUGCACACAAUGGAAUCCAGCCAGAAAGUGUUAUCACACGAAAUACCAAAAUUAAGUGAGGAUCUGAAAACCAAGCAGAGGAAGGUUGACGAUAUCGAAAGUGGGGACAAGGGUUUGAGCAAACUGUGGUCCAACUUAACAGAGAUGAACAGGAAGAUUAGUUUACUGGACUCUGCAGUCAACCAUCUUAAGGCAAACAUCAAAUCGGCCUCAGAUUUAAUCAACCUCCCAACUACAGUUGAAGAACUCCAAAAGAGUGUAGCUACAAUUGGCAGCACACUAACAAGUGUACAGCAUGAUGUUAAGACUAUGCAAGCUGCUCUUGAAAGUCAGAAGAAAGAUUCGGACAAUUUGAAAACGACCAUGGAAUUGACAGACCUGAGAGUAGCUGUGAGCGAAGCGAAUAAAACCCAGGAGAUGCAUCACGCGUGGACUAAUGAUCAGAUCCACAGUCUCUUGUCGAGCUUCUCCAAUCUGUCCGAGAGAGUUUCCUCUUUGGAGCAUCAUUCUGACCAAGCUGCAAAGCGGAGAGGUUCUGAGGGAGCAACUGAUCAGCAGUCCAGCAACAGAAAUCCAGCAACUGACCCAGUUAAAGAUGUUUUAACAGCCGAGCCACCAGCCCAUGUUGGUGCAUAUGGUGACCUCACACCGUUGGCAGACCCACAGCCAACUAGACGUCCGCGCUUCUUGUCUCCGAAGCGCUCCAAGAGGUUUUCUGGGACAGGAUGCCCAAAGACUGUGUCCAUACCUGGCGUCGGAUGUCUUAAAGAUCUGGAAGACGUCUUCCAGCAAGCAGGCCUUGGACGUCAUUCACGUGGAAUGUCCUACCAAGAUCUGAGGAAGCAGUUUGGAUCAGCAAUUUCUGAAGCCAAUAUCAUGAACUGCUUUGACAAAGACGGGGACCAAAGGUACUCGCUGUGGGAACUGCAAGCUGCGGCGGGGUUGUGAGUGUACCAUGAUGGAUUGCGGUGAACGAUAUUGAGACAUCUAAGGGGUUGGCGUUUGGAUUGCUCAACCGCCUGCUGUGAUUGCUGCACUUUUAUGAACUAAAUAUUUAUCAUGCUGAUUGUGAAACAGUGGCACUGGCAUGCCCCCUACUCACUGUCCUGGUCCCGGUUCACCCUUAAGUUUAGCCGCAGAAUGCAAGCUUCAGUUUUAGGAUUGAUCUGUUUGAAUGUCCAUAAAAAAUUGAUUCUUCGGAUUUCUCAUUUUAGCAAAUGUCUCAUCUUAGGCUAUAUGAAAUAAAUUGGCAAAAAAAAUGUAUUGAGUGUCAUCUUCCUCAAUAGUGAAAAAAAAAACUCAACUUGCUGUUUCUUGCACUUUUUUUGUUUUUUGCCAAUCCCUCUCCCAUUUUGAUGUAAUAUUUUAAUUUCCUUUUAGUUUCUGUAAGACAAUCUGUUCUUUCCAGACUCACUCCCUGUUACCUUGUCUAGCUCAUGGGGACUUCAGCAACAGAUUCCUAGUAUAAUUCCAGGGAAUGUUUACAAAUAAUCACUAGUAACAGAAUUUUGAUUUUUUGUUUUUAAAUAAACUACAGGACUAAUAUUUAUCGGCUCUUUUCAAAGCUCACCUUGAACAGCUGUAUCUUCCAUUUUCUUACAUUUGUUUAUGUGAGUGUAUCUUUGCCUCAUCUGUCCGUUCCUGUUGGAUAAAUCCAACCUUUCAGUUUUAGUGUUUGUUGCUUUUAGCAGUUUUGAGUCUAGAAGAUUUGAAGGGCUAUGAAUGCUUUUUCAACCAUUCUUUAAAGCAUUAUUUAAAUGGUAACUCUCAUAAGAUAUGUAGCAAUAACACAGAAACCGACUCCCAGGUAUAAUGUAGAACCUGCCUAAACUGUAAAGAAACAAGAGAAGGACACAAAAGGCACACACAACUCACAAUUUGUAACAGGUAGUAUGAGAAGCACUGACCGUCACUCAUUACUUGAUUAACCUUAGUUCAUUUUGUGGACGUCAGAGUAAUGUAUUUACUUAACAAGUUUGGUUUAAAUUAUUCAAUGUUAUUGUAUUCUGUAAAAUUUGUAUAAAUUUUAAUGUGGCAUCAACAGAUACCAUGAUUUUGUAAGGCUGAGUUGUUGGAUUUGCUUUCCAGGGUCAGUCUCAACAAUGUACUUUUUAAAAUAAAAAAACUGUUGUGCUUUGCGUUACGCUAAGUAAAAUGAACAAAUAUCAGUUUAACCUAGUUGACAGUUUUGCAGGACAAUGGUUACUUGAGCUCUGAAUUAAACAGCUUCUGACAUUAAA